UGGAAUUCUUAGGCCACAUAUUGAGUUCUAGAAUGCACCAUGGUGGGCUCUAAUGUCCCAUAAUACGAACAACAAAGAGCUCACGGGCGCAACAUAGCUACUUCACGAGAACACCUUCACCAACAGAGUAUAUAUUCCAGGCACUAAUGCCUUCGUCUUUCACCUUCUUCGCCAGAAUAUCUUCUCGAAAAUUGUAUAAGAAAUGAGACCCUCUUUGCUUCUCUUUGUCUUCCUCUUGGUUACAGUCACAAGCCACAACCACCAGGUCACUUGCCAAUCUUCGCCAGCAUCCAAAACUCCCGUAAAAAGACCAGAAAACGAGACCAUAUACAAAGUUUCUAAGCAGCUAUGCUGGGGUUGCGUUGCUGAGUCUCUGCAAUUCCUGUUUGCGCACAACUUGGUCAGGGCAUACAAGUGGGAGGCACCGCUGAUGUGGGAUUUCCAGCUUGAGAAGUAUGCAAGAUGGUGGGGUGGACAAAGAAAAGCCGACUGCAAGUUACAACAUUCUUUCCCUGAGGGUGAGUUUAAGCUUGGAGAGAACAUAUAUUGGGGUCAAGGCUCGACGUGGACUCCAUAUGACGCAGUGAAUACAUGGGCUGGUGAAGAGAAGUACUAUACCUAUGUGACGAAUACCUGCGUGGCUGGUCAAAUGUGUGGGCACUACACCCAAAUUGUGUGGAGGGAUACAAGAAGAAUUGGUUGUGCUCGUGUUGUUUGCGACAGUGGAGAUGUGUUUAUGACAUGUAAUUAUGAUCCACCCGGUAACUAUAUCGGCGAGAGACCAUAUUGAAGUUAGAUUAAUACUAGAAUAGGAUCCUCUCCAUUUCCCAGUUAUUAUAAUGAUAUCAUCAAUAUAUAUAUUAGAAAAGCUUUGUUAUGUCUGUACAUGUGUCAUUAUUUGCGUGUGCUCACCUAGCUAGAGGCUAGAGGAGCUAAUUAAUUAGUUGAUGAAUAAGUUAGGGGGG